UUGUUUACAACCUAAAGGACCUUGAUCUCGUAUACCUCAGCGGCCAUUAAGGCAUUAUUACAAAUAAUGGAUAAUAGAAAAUGAAUUGAAGAGACCAAAAUCAUAGAAUCAAUCAAAUACAUAAUUCUUUUUUUUUUUCUUUUGUUUUAUGUUCUUAAACGAAGUCGCAAACACCACUAAAAUUUUCCACAUACGGUCAAAGUUCAAAAGACUUUUAUGAUAUGUGUUAAGAUUUUGAGAUAGAUAUAUAGUUGAUAUAUGAUUUAUUUAUUUAUUGCAUCCUUCUUAAAAAGGGUACAGUGCAUAAAAGCAUACAAUAUGAAAAGCAAUUAAGCACUUCUUAAAAUGUUGUCUAUACGGCUCCUUCUUGUCUUAUAAAACCCCUUCUUCACAAUCUCACAACCCCACUUCAUAUAACUUCUUCUUCUUUUCAUUCUUCUAUUCACACCCCCUACCUCCUACCUCCUACCUCACCUCCUUUCUCUCAAAAAGAGAGAAAAAAAAUGGUGAAAUUCUCAAAAGAACUAGAAGCUCAAUUAAUACCUGAAUGGAAGGAUGCAUUUGUAAACUACAAGAUGCUUAAAAAACAAAUAAAGAAGAUCAAACUCUCUAGAGUUCCUAAACAAGAACAACCACCUCAAGGAGACUUUGGUUUCUCAAUUUUCGACUCGAUUCGCUCUGUGACCACUAAGUUCUUUUGUUCUUCAGAAAAUAAAAAUCAAAAUAUAAUUCAGGUUAGGAGAAAAAUUAUGGAGGAUAGUGAUGAAGAAAUUUAUGAAACCGAGCUUGCACAAUUAUUUACAGAAGAGGAUGAAGUGCAUGUGUUUUUUGCUAGGCUAGAUGAAGAGCUUAAUAAGGUUAAUCAAUUCUAUAGGAAACAAGAGGCUGAGUUUCUUGAGAGGGGUGAUAUGCUUAGCAAACAACUUCAGAUCUUGCUUGAUCUUAAACAACUUGUCACUGACCGGCGUCGGAAAAAUAACCUCCCAUCGAGGAGUUCCAAUGCCGAGAUUUUCUCUCGUUCUCCUAACCAAAGCUCGAAUUAUUCAGGAGAAUCAGAUGAAACAAAUUCAGAAAAUUCACAAAUGGAUGAAGUAAUAUCAACAUUAGCAAAAAAUGGUGUGAAUUUUGUGAAUUCAGCUACAAGGGUAAAGACAAAAAAAGGAAAGCCUAAAAUGGCAAUGAGAAUUGAUAUUCCAGCCACCACACCAACAAGGGCUAUCACGGCUGUUACUUCUAUUUUGUGGGAGGAUAUGGUGAAUAGUCCUAUAAAAGAAGGGUAUGGAGAGUUUAUUAACAAGAGAAAAAUUCAAUAUGCUGAAAAGAUGAUUAGAAGUGCUUUUGUUGAACUCUAUAAAGGUCUUGGCCUUCUCAAAACUUACAGCUCACUAAAUAUAGUUGCAUUUUCAAAGAUACUCAAAAAGUUUGACAAGGUGGCUUGCCAAUCAGCUUCAGCAAGCUAUUUAAAAACAGUGAAAAGAUCCCAUUUCAUAAGUUCAGAUAAGGUUGUUAGACUAAUGGAUGAAGUGGAAUCCAUAUUCACAAAGCACUUUGCUAGCAAUGAUAGAAAAAAGGCAAUGAAGUUUUUAAAACCUCAAGAGCAGAAAGGUUCUCAUAUGAUCACCUUCUUUGUUGGGUUAUGUACAGGUUGUUUUGUAUCUUUGUUUUGUGUAUAUGCAAUCUUGGCCCACUUGUGUGGUAUAUUCUCUCCUAACACAGAACCAGCUUAUAUGGAAGCAGUUUACCCUGUCUUCAGUGUAUUUGCAUUGUUAAGUCUACACUUGUUUAUGUAUGGAUGCAACUUGUACAUGUGGAAAUCUACAAGAAUCAACCACAAUUUCAUAUUUGAAUUCUCACCAAGCACAGCACUUAAGCACAGAGAUGCAUUUCUUAUGUGCACUGUCUUCAUGACUGCUGUGUUUGGAGCUAUGGUCAUACACCUUCUUCUAAGGGCUGCAGGAUUUUUUCCUGGAAAUGUUGAUGCCAUUCCAGGAAUUCUUCUUCUGUUUUUCAUAGCUCUGCUCAUUUGUCCAUUAGACAUAUUUUAUCGCCCAACUCGUUUCUGCUUCAUCCGUAUUAUUCGUAACAUAGUUUGCUCUCCAUUUUAUGAGGUUCUUCUUGUGGACUUUUUUAUGGCUGACCAACUAACUAGCCAGAUACCAUUGCUAAGACAUUUGGAGACAACAUCUUGUCACAUUUUAUCUCGAGUUUUCAAAACUCACCACCCUGAGACUUGUCAUUCGGGACGAUUAUACAUGGAAAUAACCUACAUUAUCUCCUUUUUGCCAUACUUUUGGCGUGCCCUGCAGUGUAUAAGAAGAUGGUUUGAUGACUCUGAUGUUGCACAUUUGGCUAACAUGGGGAAGUAUGUUUCUGCAAUGGUUGCGGCCGGGGCUAGAGUAACAUAUGGUCGACAUGAUAGCAAUAUAAUGCUUGUUAUUGUUAUAAUCACAUCUGUGAUUGCCACAAUGUAUCAAUUGUAUUGGGAUUUUGUCAAGGAUUGGGGGUUCCUUAAUCGUAAUUCCAGAAAUGCAUGGCUAAGAGAUGAUCUUGUUCUAAAGAAUAAAAGCAUAUACUACAUGUCUAUGGCAUUAAAUUUUGUCUUGAGAUUGACUUGGUCAGAGACUGUCAUGCAUUUCAAAGUAGGACCUGUUCAAACAAGAUUGUUGGAGUUUCUGUUAGCUUCAUUGGAAGUUAUUCGAAGAGGACAUUGGAAUUUCUACAGGUUGGAGAAUGAACAUCUAAACAAUGUUGGUCACUAUAGAGCAGUGAAGACAGUUCCGUUACCCUUUCGCGAUGCAGAUUCAGAUAAUUGAAGUGUUUCUCUCAUGCAUGUACUUAUAGUCUUGUAGACAUGUUGAGAUGAAAAUGGAUGUCAAUAGCUGAAAGCAAAUAAUGUUUUGAACGUGUGUGUGAUCUCUUACCAUUCAUCAGAUACCAAUUGAAGUAUACUAAUUGUGAUGUAAAAGAUGCAUUGCAAAUGGCAUUUCAUGUUCUUAUAAAUUAUCAAUCUUGUAUACAACUUUUGAUCUUGGAUUUCAUGUUCUAGAUAAACCUUGUUAAAUUGAGUUUAAAAAUCAAUUAGAAGUUUGUAUAUGUAAUGAAUAUUGUUGUCAAUUUGGUUGACUAAAAUAGAGUAGAAAAUAAUCAUUUGAUAUAAA